UAUUUUUCAGGUAUUGUUCAUUUGUAACACGAUUUAAGAUGUAUCUUAAUUCCGUGAUUUGUACAUAAUAAUUUAUUACUAUGAUUUUACAGUUAUUCUUCAUUAUUUUUUUAUAGGAAUCACUCUUAUUUUUAUAAACUCAAAUACCUAUUAUUUAUUAUUAUUUAUAAGUCUUUUAGUGUGUAAUAAACUGUGUUCGUUGUAAAUGCUUAAUAUCUAAUUAUGGAAUUAGAUGAAGAGGGUAACAGUAGUUAAUAAUUUAAUAUAAUAAUAAUGUUAUGUUUAAAUAUGUACCUGCUCUAUGAACAAAUUAAAAUUUUGUAUUUUCAGAAAAUUAUAUUAAUUUGUUUUUGAGCAAUGUUUUACAAUUUUUAAUUUAAUAAACUCUUAUUAAACUACAUAGAUUUAUGAACUUCUAUGUUAAUAGGUCUAUGAUACAAUAUAUCUUUGCAACAGUAUCUUUUGAUAGAAAAUUCUAGAUAGAAGGAAUAAGGUUGUAUCUGCUAUAAGGGCUAAAGCUAAUUUCUAACUAAUAACAGUUGUAACUAGUUUAAAUACAUCUUUUCAAAAAUCCUGUUUAAAUAAUGAAAAUAAAUAAAAAUGAUUAAUUAAGUAUACUAAUACUUUUUUUUUUAAAUGUAAAUAUUAUUACUAAGGAUUAAAAAGCUAUUAUUUUUAUUUAGAUGCACUUUUUUUAUAAAUAUAAAUACUUAUGAUUAGUAAAAUACUACAGAUUAUUCAUAUAAUACAAUAAAAAAAUAUUUUUUAAUACUUAAUUUGAAAAUUAUUUCUAGAAACCAAACUGUUUUUCUGAAAACUGAACAAAAAAUACGAAUAAUACUAUACCCUUACUAAUUUACUGAACUCCUUUCCAUGUUAUGGUUGUAAUAAUAUAUGUAUAUAAAUAAAUAAAUAAAUGAAUGUGUCACCUGGAGUAGUAUAUGUGUACUAUACGACCGAUUCCAAAUUAAAAAUCACCGCCAAAUAAGAUCACAAAAUCAAAGAGUCAUUUACUUUUUGACUAUGAUUUUACCUGAUGAUAAAUUUUUAAUUUAAAACCUGUCAUACAAUACACAUAUCAUAAUCAUUUAUUAUAGUCCAGUUUAUGUUAACAAGCAAUAAUGUCUUGUAAAGAUUUAACGUUGAAUAAUACUACACAUAAUAUUUUGUAAAAAAAGUUAUUAUGUAUAUAUUUAUAUGCACAAUAGGUUUGUCAAUUUUUUUUUUUUGUUUAUUCAGCUGAUCAGGAUAGUUGGAUAAUGGAGACAAAUAUGUUACCGCCUGAUGUGUACCCAUUAAGCGGAUUCUACCAUAUAUAAUAAAAAUAAUCAAUAAUUACAUAAAAAAAUUUCAAAAUAUCGUUAAAAUGAAUUUUUAAAAUUUAAAUUUUUUACUAAAUUGAAGUUUUACAGGCCGUUCAAUGAAAAUAUACUGCUUGAAUUGUAGAGUUUAUUUUUCUGAAAAUUUUAAUGUAUUAUACAUUUAUGUAGAUGAAUAAUUUCUAGGUAACAGCCGUUUUAAAUUCUACUGAUCUGUAGAAUGUUAUUGUGUAUUAUAGUUAUGUUAUUCCGUAGAUAAUAUCGGUUAUUACACAAAUUAGUAGAUUUAAAACGGCACUUAGAAACUAUUCAUCCGAUAUAAAUGUGUGGUACAUUAGAAUUUUCAGAAAAAUAAACUCUACAGAAUGGCUAGCAUUUUCAAAGUUGCAUUUAAAAUUAAAUUGAAAAAUAUGAAUUUGUCAAUUUGGGAAUCAUUUGAACCCCCAAAAUCAUAAUCUCCACCUAAACCUAACCUCUGGGUAUUUGUAAAAGUCUUAAAGAAAUAAAAAUAAUUUCAAAAAUAGUUGUCAUAAUUUAUAUUAACAAGUUCACUAAUAUAUAAAUUUACUAAUUUUAAUUUUGUAGAUGGGUUAUUUAAAAUUGAGCAAGAACUAAAAGAAAUUAAUGCUAAAAUUAACAAACUUCAAAAACUUAAAACAGAAUUAUUGGAACGAAAAGAAAAAUUGAAACAGUUAUCUUAUCAAAAACAAACUAAUUCAAUUAGUGAUCAAAAAAAGUGGACUCGCACAGGUAAUCUUAAUUCACAAUUGUAAUAUUUUAAGGUGCUCCCCACAUAUAUUUGUUUCCUUAGUAUAAAAUUAAUCAAUCAAUUUUUAUAAUGUUACACAGAUUUUCCUUGGCAGAAAUCUGUUGAAAAAACAUUAAAAACAGUUUUUAAACUAGAUAAAUUUCGUUCACAACAAUUGGCAGCUAUUAAUAUUACAUUGUCCAAACAUGAUGCAAUACUUAUUAUGCCAACUGGUGGAGGAAAGUCGCUUUGUUACCAGUUACCUGCUCUCAUAGACCCGGGUAAUUAUUUUUGAUUUGUGUUCAUAUAUACAUACAUACUAUUUUAACAAUAGUUACUAAACAAUUAAAGUUUACUCAUAUAAUAUUCUAAUUAUUAAGAAAUUUUUACUUUCAUAAAAUCAAAAUAUUUACAUGGGAUAUUCAUUUUAAAAUCUGAUAUUUUUUUAAAUUUGUUUUAUUAAAUAAUAUAAUAAUAAUAGUAAUUUUACUAACACUAAAACAAUUUCAAUAGUUAAUACAUAUGAAAAACAAACAAUAAAAGUUGAUUUCUGUUUCAAAAGCUAAGCUUGUGCCGAAACGCAAAAGUUUGUAAUUAAUCAUAAUAAAUAUUUUUCUUAAAGAAAUUUUUUUUUAAAUAUAAUAUAUAAUAGUAAACAUUUAAGCAAUAAAAAAAAAAUAUUAAAAAAUAAAUUAUACAGGAUGAAUAUACAUAUUUAAGAUGUUAACAUACCUUUUAAAACAAUAAAACAAUUUUUUAACGUGAAAUAUUUAAUUCUAAUGAUUUAUAAAUUAUUAUACCAACAUUAAUUGGGCUACGCCUCCCAAAAGAAGUAGAACACAAAACAGGUUUAAUAUUAGAUUUUAACUUACUCCCAGUAUUAUAAUUAUGAUUAAAUUGUAUGUUUUUGAAAUUGAUAGAGUAGUACCUGUAAAGUGAAAAUUUUCUAAAAAAUUUAAAUAAUUAAUUGAAAAUUUGGGAAAAGAAGAUUAACUAAUUAAAGUCUAAGCUUAUUUAAGAUUAUUUUUAAUAAGUUAUUCAUUUUUAUGUUCAUUGGGGAAAUGUUGGUUUUAAAAGCUGAGCCCCAAAUACAUAUUCUAUAGCUAAUUAAUUAAUGAUUGAGCAAAUGCUAAGUGAAAUAUUCUAAUAUUAUGACGAUUAAGAAUAUUUUUGAAAAUUCUGAAUUUAUAAAAUAUUUUUCUAAUCAGACCACUAAUAUUUAGAUAUGUUCUUGCCAUUUAAAAGGUUGCCACACCGACAUUUACUAUCUUUGUCUUACAAACGCGAGACAUAGCAAAUUGACCUAUUAUCAAAAUUAAAGGUAAAAGGAUAAUAUAUGCUCUAGCGUUGAUGAUUUUUCGAUAUUUUAAUUUUUAAAUGAGACUUGAGUAUCUUAAAUAUUACAAUUUAAAAAUGAUUAUAUCUUGUUUAAAAAUUAUAAUUUCGAAAAAUGAUCAAUGCUGGGGCAUAUAUAAUCUUCUUAACUUUAAUUUUGGUAAUAAGUUAAUUUGUUUUUAUAUUAAAACAAUGGCAUAAAAUGUGUCCUACUGAACGCCAAUUCGCUAUGUCUAGCGUUUGUAAGAUGAUGGAGACAGUAGAUGUCAUGUGGCACCCUCAUAAGAUUAUCAUUGAAGAUAAUGCCUAAAUAUUUAAUCUUAAAUAUAUUUUUAAGUUUAUAGUUAUUACAACGGAGCCAUUAAAACAAACAGCUGCUGUUGUAAACAAUGUAAUAUGAUGUAUAUUUUUUAAAUUAUUAUAAUUAGGUUUUACUCUUGUUGUUUCUCCUAUGGUAUCAUUGAUGGAAGAUCAAAUUAUUCAAUUGUAUAAACUUAAUGUCAAUGCUAAAAUGAUAAGUUCCAAUUCAACAAAAGAAGAAACAAAAUUACUAUUCCAAGUAUGUACCAAUAGUAUUAUGAAUGUAUUAAUAUUAUAUUUCCAUAAAAUAGCAUAAAAAGUUUUAUUUUUUAGAUGAUGAUUGAUGUUAAAUCUGGUUUAAAACUUGUAUAUUGUACCCCGGAAAGAAUAGCUAAAAGUAAAACAUUUAUGAAUAAACUGCAAAAAGCACACAGUUUAAAAUUGCUAUCAAGAAUAGCAAUUGAUGAGGUCCAUUGUUGUACAACAUGGGGGCAUGAUUUCAGACCUGGUAUUUACUUUGGGAUAAUUUUGUUAUAACUAUUAAAUUUAUUAAUUUAACACAUUUGUUCAGAUUAUACACAUUUAACUAUUUUUAAACCAAUGUUUCCUGAAAUCCCUAUUUUGGGUCUAACAGCAACUGCAUCUUCAAAAGUAAUUAUUGACACACAAGAAUUAUUACAAAUACAAGGAUGUGCAUUAUUAAAAUCUUCAUUUAAUCGACCAAACCUCUAUUAUGAGGUAUGUUAUUAAAAGAUUUAAGUUGAUCAAUAAUUAUUGAAAAUUUAAAGUAUGUAUUAUUAUAUUAGGUUAGAUGGAAACCUGAUGGUAAAAAAUGUGUAGAUGAACUAGCAUCAUUACUUAAAAAUAAGUUUAAAAAUCAAUCAGGAAUUAUUUAUACUACAUCUAUAAAAGAUUGUGAAAGUUUACGGAAGGAUUUGAGGUAAGCUAUACAGGAUGAUCAAUCUAUCAUAAGACACUCAUUAUCUUUGAAAGUAUUAAGUUUUUUUGAAAUUUGUUUUAAAAAACAUUUAAGAAACAAGCUGUUCUAAAAUUUAACACUCACAUUAAUUGAUAAUCAAAAGUAGAUAGUCAUUUCACCUCCAAAAAUUAGGGUGACAAAAAAUAACAGAGCUAUUUGUUUCUAAAAUUUUCUAUAAAACAAAUUUUGAAAAAAGUUAAUAUUUUCUGAGAUAAUGAGUUUCUUAUAAAUAGAUAGAUUAAUCACCCUGAAUACCUAUUCAGGUAUUACUUUAUUUAAUUCGUAAUUAAGAAGAUAUUUUAUAGUUUUAAUAUAAAGGAACUUGUCUUAAUUAAUUUCUAUUAUACAGCAUAGACAAUUAACUACCUAUUACUUUUUUAUUAUUUUAACUAUUAUAGGUAUUAUAUAAUUAUAUGAGAUUGUAAUAUUUUAUAUAAUAUAUAAGUAAACAGAACAAAAUAUUAUGCAGAAAAAGUAACAAUCUAUAAUAAUAUUACAAAUAUAUAGAUUUUAAAAAAUAACAUGUAUAUUAUCACUACAAUAUACCGGAGAAUAUCUAAAAUUUAGAUAAUAUUAUUACUUUCAUUUAAAAAAUAAUUUAGUAUUAACCAAAUUUUAUUUUGUUUAAUCAAUUUUAUGAAAAUGUUAUGUAUUUUUAUUUUAAUGUGUUGUAAAUGUUAUAGUCUAUGGCAAAUUCAUACUAUUAAAAAGAGCUGAUAUUGGGGAAGGGUGUGCCAUUGUUAUUGGUGGAAAUUUGGAAAGGUAGGAUACAUCAAGUUAUUUAAUUUAUAUCUGCAAGUAACAAUAAACCAUGGCUAACGAAAAACGAAUCAAAGCAAAAUUUGGUUAUUCAUGUUUUGAAAGGUAGAAUUUCAAAAUUUGAUGUUAAAACUUAUAAAAAAAAAAUACUACAUUACAUUCAAUUUUUUAAAUAAUGAACUUCCUGUUACAUUGUCAAGCAUUUAUGUUAAUCUGACAAUUUUAUCCAUAGAGUAUCUACCAAAUUAAAAUUACGUAAAACACUAAAAUUAAAAUGUCUAUAAAUAACUCAAAAUUUUGUUGCGAAAGAUUGUUUACAAACAGAAAAAAAUACACAAAGCAUAAUAAAACUAAUAGAUUCCUUGCUAUGCUUCAAAUCUAAAAAUUAUAUAUUGGGGAUAUUUUUCCUGGAAUUCAUGUAAAUUAUUUAUUAUAUAUAUUUUUUAGAUUCAGAGUGUAUUGGUUUUUUUUUUAAUACUGUGAAAAUUCUACCAGAAAUCUGGCUCCGAAGUAUUAAGUGAGCCAUCUUUUCUGAAAAGGAAUUUUCCUGCUGUGGUACAUUAGGGAAGUCAUUUUUUAAUUAUCCCAGAGGUUUCAUAAUUAAAUGGGAAAAAAGGUGAAAAUUUACGAAAAUAAUACUUAAAAUUUUGGUUUUAGAUUCUGAGUGGAAUGAGAAAUGUAUUUUUUAAAGUGAUUUUUUUUUAUCUAUGGAUAACUUUUCUACUAACAAUUUUGAUCCGAUUUUCAAGUAUAGUACUCUUUCUAAAAAGAAAUCUGAAUGGGGUGGUUUUUUGUUAGCAAUGGUUAGGAAAUUUUUGCGUACAAAUAUGAAUAUUAAAUUUCCCCUCUAGUCUCUAACAUCCCAACUUCUCAUCAACAGUGGCCCACCCAUCAUGCGUUGUAUGUCUGUCUUUUUUUGGGUUAUAUGUUUACAAUAAAUACAAAUAUAGAGCAUAAUAUCAAUUAUACUGAUAUUCAGAUUGAAUUUGACUUUGAUUGACUCAUUCAAAUGUUGCUGUGUUUAAGAAUAUUGUGUUGAUAAAAGUUAUUUAUAAUGUAAUUCAUAUGUAUAUUUAAAUCAAAAUUGAAUUUAUUAUCAAUUAGAGAACAAGGAUGUAAAGUUGGUGCUUAUCAUGCUCAAUUAGAAGGGCCUUUAAGAUCAAAAGUUCAUAAUAAAUGGUUGGAUGGUGAAUAUCAAGCAGUAGUAGCUACUAUUGCUUUUGGUCUUGGUAUAGAUAAACCUGAUGUGAGAUUUGUUAUACAUCACACACUAUCAAAAUCGAUAGAAAAUUUUUACCAAGUAAAAAUAUUUUUACAUAUUAUAAAAAAUAUAUAUUUAUAUUUAUAUUCUAAAACUGUAAUAAACUGUUAUAAUUAUGAAUUUUAGAUAAUAAUAUAAUAUUCAAAUAAAUUUAGUAUGCAAAUUUAUAGUUAUUAUUUAUUUAUAUAGGAAAGUGGGCGUGCGGGAAGAGAUGGUAAACCCUCUACUUGUCUAUUAUACUAUAAAUUAAGUGAUGUAUUUAAAUUAAGCACUAUGGUAUUUACAACACAAACGGGUUUAUCUAAUCUAUAUUCUAUUAUAAAAUAUUGUUUAAAUUUAAAGGAGUAAGUCUAAGAAAUUUUAGAUAUAUUAUGUUGUAAAAUUAUUUACUUUUGUUUGUAUAAAUUUUAAAUUUUAGAUGUAGACGAACACUAAUAGCAUCUCAUUUUGAUGAGUCUUGGGAAUCAACUGAUUGUAAUGCAAUGUGUGAUAAUUGUUCCAAUUCUAAAAUUAUUAAAUCCAUUUGUAUAAAUAAAUACUGUAUGGAUAUCUAUAAAAUACUUAAUGCUGCUUUAGACAAUGAUACAAAGUUUACUGGUAUAUUAUAAAUCGGGUAUAUUUUUGUGUAUCACAUAUUAAUAAUUAAAUUAACUUUUUAUAGCUCAAAUGCUACUAGAUACCUGGUUUGGUAAAGGUAGUAAAAAAAUAUUUCUGUUUGAUGUAAAAUCACCAGAAUUUUCAAGAACACAGGCUGAAAUGAUUUUAGGUGAACUUAUUGUUCAGGGAUAUUUGUCAGAAGAUUUUCAUUAUACCCCUUAUUCUACCAUUUCAUAUAUAAAAAAAGGUAAAAUCUAAAUCAUUUACCAUAUUGAUUUAUGUUUAAUUAAAAUUAUGUUUAUAAUAGGUUCAAAUCAGUAUAAAGUGACAAAUGACAAUACAAUUUUCAUGGAAAUGACUCAAGAAAAGAUUAGUGAACCAGUUUUAAAAAAAUUAAAACUAAAAUAAAUAGUUUAUUAUUAUUUUACUG